AUGGUCUUCUUGCAGAUGAUGGAGUACCAGAAGCAGGACAUAGACGAGCGUUGGUUUGCCGACGAGCGCUACGUUCAGGGAGGAUUUUUCGGCACGCGCCUGCUCGGUGCGCCUGCCACACAUGUGCUCGCGUUCAAGGCACUGGGUUUCCUGGCGCCGGAGGAUCUUGGCCCGGAGCUGAUUGAGCAGAGCCUACGGAUCUGCAUCAAGGCGGUGGUGGACAUGGAGAUGGAGCUGAGGGAUCUGGUGAAGGAGGUGGAUCAAGAAGAUGGCGCCUUUUGCGCAGGGGCCCUGCUGGGCUGGCUUCGCUUCAUCUAUCGCUUUCCCGCGGCACCGCCGCCGGCCCAGGCCAUCGUCGGACUGAAGCAUCUCCUGGCUGCUGCCAGGAAGAUGCUCUUCGAGAUGAACCGCCGCAUCGCGAAGCUGUGGCCCAUGGUCCAGAAGACUGAGGAGUUGCUACGCCGCUAUGGUGAGGACGUGGACGAGACCAGACUUCGCGAGAUACAAUGCAGUGGCUGCGUGACGGCUUCGGACAUGGUCUUCCAUGUGGCACCCUGGGUGCCGCAACACCACUCUCGGCUCCCUGCUGCCGGCUUGGGCCUGGCGCACUUCGAGCGCAAUGACCGGGCGACGGCACUCGCCUGCGAUGCCUUCUUGGACCUGAACGGCCGCCUUUUUGAUACUGCCUUCGUGUACGAGCAGCAGCAAGGGAUUCAAGCCGCUGCAAUCGCCAAAGCCAUUCCUCGCUCGGCGGUGACUGUCAUCAGCAAAGUUCCGCUCAGUGAGGCACAGGAAGUCGAGCUGGCGAUCUCCCAAACUGCGCAGCAGCUCGGCGGCUAUGCAGAUGUACUGCUGCUCCACACGCCGGGCCGACCGUUGGGAGACAAUGCCACGUUUCCCAGUUGCGCAGCGCAGGGCAGCUGGAAGGAGUGUCGCCUGCUGGCCUGGAGGCAACUGAUGCGAGCACAACAAGAUGGCUUGGCCAAGGAGAUCGGCGUGUCCAACUUCGACUGCAGCCACUUGAGAGAGAUCGAGGCGGCCGGCUUGCCAAUGCCGCUGUACAACCAGAUCGAGGUGUCGGCGGCGUGCCCAAUGAACGAGGAGCUCCGCUUGUGUCAAGUGGCGCAUGGCAUCCACACUCUUGCCUACAGUCCUCUUGGAGGUGCAUACACUCCCAGACUCCGGGAGCAGCUCCGGACUUCUGUCAGCAGCGUGGCAGCACGUCUUGGACGGUCAUCGGAGCAGGUGUUGUUGCGCUACGUGGUGCAGCGUUACGACGCCGUUGUCCUUCCGGGCGCAUCGUCGGUGAAACACAUGGCCGCGAACCUGGAUCUGUUUCGAUUCGAGCUUACGAAAGAGGAUGUGGAUGCAAUUUCCGCCAGUGCGCCCCGCGAGUGUGCGUAUCCCAUGUACCAGCCCGGACAAAUACCUUGA